CGCGAAAAAGCGAGAGCGGACGGUCUCUUUGACCUCAACCUCAUCUUCUCGCCAAAUUCAAUUCUUCCACAGCUCUCCCAACAACAGAGAAACACACAUAUAUCCAUACGAAUUCUAGGCCAUAGCAGAGAGUUGAGGAAGUCCUUCUUUGUUGUGUGAAUUAGACUCAACGUUUGCGGGUUCGUGGAGAUUUCCUACCUUCAUCAUGGAUCCCCAAGAUCGCAUCCGAGCUGCCACGGAAUUUCUCGAUCCGACUGAUCCACGAGCGAGAAGCUAUCGGGCGGACAUUGUUUUGAUGCUCAAUCGCGGGUUGAGAAGACUCACGGUCAGCUUAGAUGAGAUUAGAGCGCAUAGCACAGAAUUGGUCAAUGGCCUCCUUACAUCGCCGCACGAUUACACUCAAGCUUUUAAUUCAGCGUUGAAGGAAAUCAUCAACACGCUGCCCAAUCGAUCGCCAAAAGAAACCUCAAAUGAUACGGUGUACUAUUGUGCCUACAUUGGCGCAUUCGGCGAGUUUGCUUGCAAUCCCCGCACCCUUGGUUCAUCCCACUUAAACCGAUUGAUAUGUCUUGAAGGCAUUGUUACGAAAUGUUCGCUCGUUCGACCCAAGAUUAUUAGGAGUGUACAUUACAGUGAGAAGAAGGAGGAAUUUUUGAUGAGAACAUAUCAAGAUCAAACUAUGACGGCUAGCGGGGCGACUAAUUUGAACGUAUACCCUCAGGAGGAUGAUGACGGUAAUCCUCUGAUCAUAGAGUAUGGAUAUUGUAUAUAUCGUGACCACCAAACAAUUUCGAUACAGGAGAUGCCCGAACGAGCCCCUGCAGGGCAGCUCCCACGAGGCGUCGACGUCAUCCUUGACGAUGAUUUAGUCGAUAGAACCAAACCCGGCGACCGGAUCCAAUUGGUCGGAAUUCAUAGAUCUCUCGGAAACAGAAACGCCAGUACAAGCAGCUCUACAUUCCGUACAGUCAUUCUAGCAAACAACAUCAUCCAACUCAGCUCUAAAUCGGGUGGUGGAAUUGCGCAAACAACGAUAACAGAUACUGACAUUCGCAACAUUAAUAAACUUGCGAAGAAGAAGAAUGUCUUCGAUCUAUUGUCUCAAUCCCUCGCACCCAGUAUAUACGGUCAUGACUACAUUAAGAAAGCGAUUCUCUUGAUGUUAUUAGGGGGCAUGGAAAAGAAUCUGGAUAACGGGACCCAUCUUCGUGGCGACAUUAACAUCCUGAUGGUCGGUGAUCCUUCCACGGCCAAAUCACAACUUCUUCGUUUCGUACUCAACACAGCUCCUUUGGCCAUAGCUACCACUGGUCGAGGCUCCUCUGGGGUUGGUCUCACUGCUGCUGUAACGACCGAUAAAGAGACUGGUGAGCGGCGAUUGGAAGCUGGUGCUAUGGUCUUGGGAGAUCGAGGUGUUGUAUGCAUUGACGAAUUCGACAAAAUGAGUGACAUUGAUCGAGUAGCCAUCCACGAAGUGAUGGAACAGCAGACCGUCACAAUCGCCAAGGCGGGUAUCCAUACCUCCCUCAAUGCUAGGUGUAGUGUCAUUGCAGCCGCAAACCCAAUCUAUGGGCAAUACGAUACUCACAAAGAUCCCCACAAAAACAUUGCCCUCCCCGAUUCCCUACUCUCUCGUUUUGAUUUGCUCUUUGUUGUUACGGAUGAUAUUGAGGAUGCCAGGGACCGCAUGGUAUCAGAGCAUGUGCUUCGCAUGCACCGGUACCGGCAUCCCGGUAUGGAGGAAGGAGCCCCAGUUCGCGAGCAGGUCAAUAACAGCCUCGGGGUCGGGCUAGAAGAGAACCAAGAUUCAAACCGUCCGACUGAAGUGUAUGAGAAGUUCAACGUUAUGCUUCAUGCAGGCAUGUCCGUCACUACUGGCCGGGGACCAAGCCGGAAAAUUGAGGUUAUCAGCAUGCCAUUUAUCAAGAAAUAUAUUCAAUAUGCCAAAUCAAGAAUCAAGCCCGUGCUCACUAAAGGAGCCGCCGAUCAUAUCGUUGCCACCUACUCCUCUCUCCGAAACGAUGAGCUAUCUGGAAACCAAAGGAAAACCUCCCCCAUGACCGCCCGUACUCUAGAAACCCUUAUUCGUCUAUCUACAGCGCACGCCAAAGCACGUCUCUCUAGCAGAGUCGAAGAGAAGGAUGCCAAGGUAGCAGAAUCGAUCCUCCGCUUCGCGCUAUUCAAGGAAGUUGUCGAAGACGAACGACGCAAGCGGAGAAAGACCGCAGCCCUUGAAUCCGAGUCUGAAUCGGACGACUCUGACGAUGGCGCAGAGGAGUCACAACAGACACCUGCUGCUCCACGUUCAAGCCGGCGACCAGGCCUUAGGGGCAGUAGUGCCAUCCAACGCAAUGGAACCACCAACCAAGAUGACGACAACGAUGAAGACUACGAUGGUCUCUACGACUCUAGCCCCCGCUCCCGCCGCACGCAAGCCUCCUCUCGCCAAACCCGGAGCCAACUAGGCACCACGCAAUCUGAAUCACAAAUGUCCUUCGCCUCGUCGCAGCCCGCGUCGCAACUCCUACGUUCGCAGACAGACGAUAAUGAGAGCCAGUCGCAGCCGCAGGCCAAUGCUGUUGCAGGGGCUGUUGCAUCGGCGGAAUCGCUACCGCCACUAUCGUCCGUGCGGUUGGCAACGUUCCGGCAGGCGCUUGGCCCGCUCAUGAGAUCUGAGUUGUUCGAAGGAGACUCGGCAGGUGUGCAGAACGUGAUCGAGGCGGUGAAUGCGUCUAUUAGUGCUGCGGGCGGGAGAGUGUUUGCGGCUGCGGAAGCGAUACAGGCGUUGGGUGUUAUGAAUGAGAGGAAUGAGAUUAUGUAUCUCGGUGAUGAAACCGUUUAUCGCAUCUAAAACAAUGUUCACUUCUCUUUCGCCAGAUUUUAUUUUGCGAGGGGGUAGGGCGGAUGGAUGGAUCGGAAUCUUGAUGGGAUAUUUCUUUUCUUUGAACAAAACUUCUCCUUUUACUAAUGAUUACGCGGGCGCUGCUUACUCAGGCAAAUGUUUAAUGGCGUGGGCGUGAACUUUUCGUAUCUCUUUCCCUAUGCAUGAUGUAUGAGUGGUUUUUCGGUUCCCUAGAAGGAUGUCUUCUCUGCAUUGGAACUGGUUUUCUUUUGGGCUGGCAUUUAUUUAUAUACUUCCCUUGUAUUGAUUUGAUGUUAGAUAAUAGCAUAUAAUAACAAAUCGAGGGCAUCAAUAAAGCCGGAGAAAAAUCUAUCUACAGGAGGGUGUUACCGUUUCAUCUUUGAUUUUUUGCAUUCUGUUUCACCCUCUAUUUAGUCUUCCACGUUAUCCGUGAUGAAGCCUGUAUUUCCUAUAUUCCCAUAUUUUAGAGCAGACAUACGGAGACC